AUGUCCGCUUCUCAGGGAAUGAAUGUUGCAAAUGGCACCAAUGGAGCUACGAGGGCGAAUGAGCCCACAGCUAGAUCACCAGAAAACCCAAAAAUGGCGAAUAGUACCAAAGAGAAAAGGCCAAACAUUAUUCGAAGGCCGAUCCGGAGGCUCAACAAGAACCAACCAAAAGUCCCAGGCAUAAUCGUUGCAACGCCCGCUGAGAUCAAUGAAGCAACAGCAAAAUUGGCCCAAGGUUUUGAGGCGGAGAAACCAUUCAUACCUCGCAGAUUCGAGACGCAACGAGCACUCUAUCAAUGGGCACUUCCUGGAAGCACAAGCUCAUACCCACCUCACUUGAAAUGGAUACCUCUUGAUAAUCGUGUAGGACUGCUUAAAAUUUUCAACCUCAGGCGAUUCGUUGAUGUGUCGGUCUCACUCCUCCCUAAGAUCCCGCCGGAGAUUUCAAAUCUUCUCUCCGGAGAUCCUUACAAUGGGACUACCAUGGCAAUGCUAGAAGAAAGAAUGAUUGCUUUAAACAAGGAACAGAAAAAUGUCGGAACUGAACCUAGCAUUGGCUAUCGUAAAGAUUGGUAUAGUGAUGCAGUGUUUGCUCAACAAUAUUUUACCGGUCCUAAUCCUUCAUCCAUCGCUCUUGCCAGUCAAAUUUGGCUUGAUAGGUUCAAAAAUGCUGUCUUUGAUCAAGGCAAUAAGGAAAUGCAUAGCCUCCUUGAGCGAUUCAAUUCAAACUCCUUCUUUAUCCAAGAUUGUAGUUUCUUCCACGAAUGGGCUGGCGCUUCGCCCGACGCUACUCUCAAAUUUGACAAUGGUAAAAGAUUUGGAUGCGCCUCUGUAACAUUGUUCCAUCUGAAUGCAGAUGGUGAUCUUCAUCCUUUAGCUAUUGUUUUGGAUUAUAAAGUCAGCAUGGAAAAGUCGGUGACGAUCUUCAAUAAAAGAAUCAAUCCAAAGGAUCCAAAGGAUAAUGAGCACAAUGACUGGCCAUGGAGAUAUGCCAAAAUGUGUAGUUUGGUUGCCGACUGGACUCAUCAUGAGCUGACAUUACACCUCAAUGACUGCCAUUUUGUGGAGGAGGCGAGUGCGGUUGCGGCUUAUAGAAGCUUUCCAAGUGACCAUAUCGUUUACAAGAUUUUGGAACCUCAUUGGUUUAAGACUCUCUCUCUUAACGCUGCGGCCCGUGAUACUCUUGUUCCGCAGCUGAUAAGCAAAAUCAAUGGAUUCACUGAGCGGCAGACCUACGAUUAUCUUCUCAGCUCUUACAGAAACUUUAACUGGACUGGCAACUAUGCUCCGACUUCUCUCAUUACGCGUGGCUUUCCUCUGUCGUCCCUAAAUGACAAGAGUGACCGCAGAUUUCACAACUAUGCAUACGGAAAAAAUAUGGCCAUACUGUGGCCAAUCCUGUUUGAUUUUGUCUCGUCUAUGCUCGGCACAUUUUACACCGGGGAUGCUGACGUUGCAAAAGACACCUGUGUGUCUGCUUGGUGUAAUGAGAUGCAAUCGCCAACGGGUGGUCAGAUGCCCACCUUCCCGAGUAUCAGGACUCUUGAUGAAUUGACGAACGCGAUAACAAUGUGCAUUCAUAUUGCCUCGCCUCAGCAUAAUGCUAUAAACUACCUCCAAAAUUACUACAUGUCGUUCAUCCCUAACAAACCGCCAUCUCUACAACAACCACUUCCUGGAAGUUUGAGCGCUCUUCAGAAGUACAGGGAAGUCGAUGUCAUCAAUUCUCUCCCAGUCAAUGACCCAACACUCUGGAUUCAAGCAUCACAACUUCCCUACCUGAUUAGCUUUAGAGUUGCCGAAGAUCAAACACUUUCAGCUUUUGCAAGGGAGCUGAGAAACGCCACAAUCGAUCCCCAGGGGAGAUUCGCUGGGCCAGGAGACGCCGCGAGAAGAACAGACGGGGUAAGAAGAGCAGCUGAAAAGUUGUUGCAGGAUCUUGACGUCGCAGCAAGGAAGUUUAAAGAGAAUAGUGAUGCGCUGACUGAAGGAACCGCGCCGCAUUUUGUCAUGGACCCUGGAGAAUUGGCCUUACUUGGAAGUAUUUCCCUUUUCGCUUUGGUUUGUUGGAGAGCUUUUAACUGA